AUGAACUUUCUGCACAAAGAGAUCAUGAAACAAUGUCAAAGGCUUGUGAACAAGAACUUUGGAAAAAAGACGACAAUUACAGGAAAUGUGUUUCAUGUUGCAAGUAUACAAGGAAAUCUUAAUCUUGUCAAAUCUCUCAUUGAAUGUAAUUGCGAUAAAGAAACAAAGAAUAAUAAUGGUUGUACUCCACUUAUUUUGGCAUCAACAAAUGGCCAACUUGAAGUUGUUAAAUAUCUUAUUUCUGUUGGAGCUGAUAAAAAUACAAAAGCCAAUGAUGGAUGGACCCCACUCAUUAGCGCAUCAUUUGAUAAUGACAAACCAUUACCAAAACAAACAGAAAAGAAAGAAGAGCAAAAACGAGCCAACAAAUCAUUGUUUGAUGAGGACGAACCAAUUAAACCAGCUGAAGAUCAGAGAGAAAAACGAGCCAAGAAAUCAUUGUUUGAUGAGUACGAACCAAUUAAACCAGCUGAAGAUCAGAGAGAAAAACGAGCCAAGAAAUCAUUGUUUGAUGAGUACGAACCAAUUAAACCAGCUGAAGAUUAG